CGCUGGGCGCUUAGGGGCUGUGAGCCGUGGCAUUGUCCUGGUGAGGCAGCGUGUAUGGAGAAACGCCGUGCAACACGAGACACAGCAGUUCACCUCUUGUCUUGGACCAUGUCGCAAGCUGACCAGCCACAGACAGAGAAACAAGAUACCGCUGAAGCGUUUUCCGAACGCGAGAAAGCUAUCGGGAACAAACUCUGGGGCGUCCCCAUCUCCGAGGCGGAGAAGUACGAUCAAGGUCUCAUCGAUGGCUGGCACAGUGAUAUGGACGGCCUGUUGAUCUUCGUGCGUGUCUGACCGUUCUCAAUCUCAG